AUGCAGGAGGACUCCAUAUCCGCGGCUUGGAGCAAGAGCGCAAUCCGAUUUGAGGGCCUGGGGCGACAAACUGCGGGGUUCGGCGUCUCAUUGCGACAGUGGGGGCUUACGGGCGGACCGUCUCACACCUUCUCCACCAUGCAGGAGGCCACUUUGACGCCGCUAGGAUGCCGCUUCCCUCGGGGGAUCCAGACUUGCAAUGUUCGGAAGAUCUCCCGGCUCUUUUUAAAACGCCACAACAGCAGCUGGAAGAGUUUCAAGGUUGAAUUUGUCCCUCUUCAAAGCGGCUCUUGCUCCGACAUCAAUGUUUCUUUGCAAAAGGCGCUCCAACACGGGUCCAACACCUAUAGCACCCUGUCGACUGCCGAUCAAGACAUCAUAUAUGACGCUCUGAAACAAAGAUGUCACUCCAGCCAGCUAAGGAGGCACAGAUUCGUCAUUCUUGGUGAUAACUACCAAGGCAUCAGACUUCCUGCAGGGAUCAUGCUCCAGGACUUCUUGCCUUCCCGGCCGCGAAGCAACAGCGCUCCGAAGCGACGGGCAGUGGCUAUCGACUGUGAGAUGCCGAAGCCCAAAUGGGAGAUCAAGGAAACUUGCGCCAGGCAGGAUCGUAGCAACCAAUUUACACCCAAAACACCUGCCGAAAUCGGAAAACAUAGCAAUGCUGGUAGCAACCGUAUCACAACAGAAACACCCGCUACCAUCGCCUAA